AUGGCUGUCCCAUGGCUAGUGCUACUCUUGGCAUUGCCCGUCUUUUUCCUGGGGGUCUUUGUCUGGGCUGUCUUUGAGCACUGCCUCACCACGGAUAUUCCUGCUACCUUGCAGCAUCCCGCCAAGUUGAGAUUCCUGCAUUGCAUAUUCCUCUACCUGGUCACUUUGGGGAAUAUAUUUGAGAAGCUGGGAAUUUGCUCCAUGCCCAAAUUUAUUCGUUUUUUACAUGAUAACGUGAGAAUUAAAAAGGACCCUGAACUUGUGGUUACCGACCUGCGUUUUGGGACGAUACCCGUGAGGCUGUUCCAGCCCAAGGCAGCAUCCUCCAGACCCCGGCGAGGCAUCAUCUUCUACCAUGGAGGGGGCACAGUAUUUGGGAGCCUGGAUUGUUACCAUGGCCUGUGCAAUUAUCUGGCCCGGGAGACUGACUCUGUACUUCUGAUGAUUGGGUACCGCAAGCUUCCUGACCACCAUUCCCCUGCCCUUUUCCGAGACUGCAUGAAUGCCUCCAUUCACUUCCUGAAGGCCCUGGAAACCUAUGGGGUGGACUCCUCCAGGGUUGUGGUCUGUGGAGAAAGCAUCGGAGGCGCGGUGGUGGCCGCCAUCACUCAGGCCUUGGUGGGCAGAUCGGAUCUUCCCCGGAUCCGGGCUCAGGUUCUGAUUUAUCCAAUUGUCCAGGCAUUCUGUUUGCAGUUGCCAUCCUUUCAGCAGAACCAAAAUGUCCCGUUACUUUCCCGGAAGUUCAUGGUGACUUAUCUGUGUAACUAUCUGGCCAUUGACCUCUCCUGGCGUGAUGCCAUCUUGAACGGCACUUGUGUACCCCCAGAUGUCUGGAGGAAGUAUGAGAAGUGGCUCAGCCCCGACAACAUCCCCAAGAAAUUUAAGAACAGAGGCUACCAACCCUGGUCUCCCGGCCCUUUUAAUGAAGCUGCCUAUCUAGAAGCCAAACAUAUGCUGGAUGUAGAAAAUUCACCCCUGAUAGCAGAUGAUGAGGUCAUCGCUCAGCUUCCUGAGGCCUUCCUGGUGAGCUGUGAGAAUGACAUACUCCGUGAUGACAGCUUGCUCUAUAAGAAGCGCUUGGAGGACCAGGGGGUCCGCGUGACAUGGUACCACCUGGAGGAUGGUUUUCACGGAUCCAUUAUCUUUUUUGAUAAGAAGCCUCUCUCUUUCCCAUGUUCCCUGAAGACUGUGAAUGCUGUAGUCAGUUAUGUAAAGGGCAUAUGA